AUGGGAAAGAAAUCAUUAGAAGAAUGGCAGAAUGAUGCCAUUGAGUCCACACCAUACUUGGCAAGUGACGAGAAGGGCUCUAAUUAUAGAGAGCCAACGCAGAUUGAUUUGAAAGGGCCAAAAGUUGAGACUCAUCCGAAGGUUAAGCCUUGGGUACAUUUUGUUGCUGGAGGAAUCGGUGGUAUGGCUGGCGCUGUAGCUACUUGUCCAUUUGACCUGGUUAAAACACGACUUCAGAGUGAUAUUUACCUUUCUACCUAUAAAUCUAAUGCAAAUGCUGCCUUGAAAUCUCGAUAUAGAUCAUUAAACUAUAUGAUGGAAGGUGCUGUGCAUUUUAAAGAAACAUGCAAUAUCAUAGGUAAUGUUUAUAAACAAGAAGGAUUCAGAAGUCUGUUUAAAGGAUUGGGUCCCAAUUUGGUAGGUGUUAUACCGGCUAGAAGUAUUAACUUCUUUACGUAUGGUACUACGAAAGAAAUUUAUUCUAGAGCACUGAAUAACGGUCAAGAGUCACCUGCAAUUCAUUUGCUAGCAGCCGCUACCGCUGGUUGGGCUACUGCUACUGCGACCAAUCCAAUAUGGUUAAUCAAAACUAGAGUUCAAUUAGACAAGGCAGGCAAGACUAGACAAUAUAAGAAUUCCUGGGAUUGUUUAGUGAAUGUUACUAAAAAUGAAGGUAUCCAUGGCUUAUACAAGGGUCUAAGUGCUUCAUAUUUGGGAUCAGUUGAAGGUGUAUUGCAGUGGUUACUAUAUGAACAAAUGAGACAUCUCAUAAAACAACGAUCCAUAGAAAAAUUUGGCUAUAAUGACGAGGGAAAGAAAAGUAGGAGCGACAAGAUAAAAGAGUGGUGUCAAAGAUCCGGUAGUGCAGGUGUAGCAAAAUUCAUUGCUAGUAUAUUAACAUAUCCACACGAAGUUGUAAGAACUAGACUAAGACAAGCACCAGUGGAAGGUGGAAAAUUAAAAUAUACAGGCCUACUACAGAGUUUCAAAGUAAUUGUAAGAGAAGAAGGAUUUAGAUCAAUGUAUAGUGGAUUAACCCCACAUUUAAUGAGAACUGUACCAAAUAGCAUCAUUAUGUUCGGUACAUGGGAGCUUGUAAUCAGACUUCUCUCCUAA